AUGAAGUUCAUUUGUUUAACUCUAAUGCUUAUUAGUGGAAUUACAGACUCAAGAUCAGAUCAGUUUGCUGUAGUGGGAUCUGCAGAUCCUGUAUUAGCAUUUGCUGGUGAAGAUGUGCUUCUGCCCUGUUCAGUCAAACCCAACAUCAGUGUUGUGGACAUGAGAGUCGAGUGGUUUAGACUUGAUCAGGAAUACUCAGUUCAUCUCUAUGAGGAUCAUGUAGACAGAAACACAGAGCAGAUUCUGUCCUACAGAGGGAGAACUGAACUCAAUCAUCAGCUGCUACAGACGGGAAAUGCAUCACUGAGGCUAUCAGCCGUGCAAGUGUCUGAUGAAGGACGUUAUAAGUGUUUUAUUCAGUCCAACUCCGGGUCUGAUGAUGCCACUGUUAAUGUCAGUGUUGAAGCUGUAGGAAGUCCUCCAGUGAUUACAGUAGAUGGGUUUGAUCGUUCAGGAGGGCUUCAUCUACAGUGUGAAUCUGAAGGUUGGAAUCCUGAACCUGAUCUUGAGUGGCUGGACAGUGAAGGAGUCAGAUUGAGUCCAGAAACUACAGAGACACACAGAAACACAGAUGGAUUCAGUGUGAAACACACCGUCACUGUUCAUCAGAGAGACGGCAAGAUUCACUGUAGAGUCAGAGUGAGACACCACGUGCUGGAGACACUGAUCAGCUCCACAAGUAAUAUGUUUGCUUCGUGGAGGACAUCAGUGAUUGUGAUUUCAGUGUUUUCUGUGCUCAGUGUUAUUGCUGGAAUACUGAUAGCUGUGACUGUUCAGAAAAAUAGGGCUCACAGUAAACUAAAGAAAGAUUACCAUAAACUACAUAAAAGCAACGAGAAACUAAGUGAAGAACACAAACAGCUACUGAAGGACAAUAAGCGUAUACAUGAGGAGCACACUGAACUACAGGCCAGCAUUGAUAAACUGCAACGUGCGCACAUUCAGUUACUUGAGGACAAUAAGAGUGUACAUAAGGAACACAAACAACUACAGGAUGAGAAGAGCAGAAUACAACUUGAGCUUGAUCAACUUUUCCAAGGUCAAAGGUUGACUAUACCAAAAGCUAUUACACAUUUAAGACAACACAGAGUGAACGUGACUCUGGAUGCUGAUUCUGCUCAUCCUCAUCUCAUCGUGUCUGAAGAUGGAAAACAGAUGACAUGUGGAAACACACAAAUGAAGGAAGUGAAUAGGGAAAAUGACACAUUUACUGAAUAUCUUGGUGUUCUGGGAAAGGAGGGAUUCUCCUCAGGGUGUUUUUACUUUGAGGUGAAGGUAAAGGGACAAAUUAAAUGGGAUUUAGGGGUGACCAGAGAAUCUGCUGACAGGCAGGAGUUGUGCAGCCUGAGUCCCAAGAAUGGAUACUGGACUGUGGGACUAAUAGAUAAAAAGUAUUGGGCUCAUGAGUCCUCAUACGUCUUUAUUCCCCUGAGUGUGAAACCUCAGAGGGUCGGUGUGUUUGUGGAUUAUGAGAAGGGUUUUGUCUCUUUUUAUGAUGUUGAGUCCAUGUUUCACAUCUACUCUUACACUGGUCAGUCUUUUAAUGGGAAACUCUGUCCAUUUGGAUGCUUGGGGUAUUAUAGGAAUGGAAACUCUACACCGCUGAGGAUCUGUGAUGAUUACUAAUAGGAAGAGUGAAUGUAUUUCAUGAUCAGAUGAAGUAAAAGAAAAUAUAGUCAAAAAAUAUUGAUCAAUUUAAAAAUAAUUAGUCAGAUAUUACUUACACUGUCGACCAUUUAGACAUGUCACUCUGUGGGGGUAGAUAGUGGCGGGGUAGGUGUAGACUUUAAAAAUCAAUAGUGUCAGAAAGUGCAAGUCUGACAGUGCACAUGCAGUCAUUCUGCAGCCAGACCCUUCUCCUCACAAGGGUGAUUUUCUGUCAUUUUAAAACAUUCUGAUGUAAAGACAUGUGCUUACAUGACUGAAAUGAGUUUUGUAAAUAUGUGCAUGUGUAAAUAGCCUACAUAACAAAUGAACUCAAUGUCAUUUAAGCUUGCAGCACUGCAUUUCAGGUGCUUAUAAAAUACACAAUUUUACACUUUACAAAAAAACAUUAUAUUUUAAAAUGAAACAAUAUGUUAUUUGAACUAUUACACUUUUUUCAGUCAUUAAUGUGGCAAUAAAUGUGUUUUAAUUUCUUUCGGAAAACUGCUCGUCCCCACAGCCAUGUACAGAGAGAAGCUGCGAUGCUUUAUUUUGAGGUCAAAAACUGAUAUUUUUUCUAGAAUGAAAUUACACAAAUGUAUUCAUAACAAUGAAAUAUAUGAUGUAAAUGACAUUUAAUAAGAAAAUACCAAAUAAAUAUCAUGAAAUAUAUCAUCAAAGUAGUCCUGAGUUGUGUCACUGGUGUUACCAUAAAAAACAUGACAUGACUCUUUUGACAUGGCUGUCUUCCUCCUACUUCCUGAAGAUCUAUAAAUAAAAGCUUGUUGUAACUCCAUUGUAUUUUUUUUUAU